AUUGCUAGUAAUCAGAUGUUCAAAUUAAACUAAUUUUCAUGGCUUCCAUCGUCUUCCAAACCAUCUCCCUUGUAUACUUACUAGUCAUUCCCAUAUGCACUUCAUCGUUAUUAAGCCAUGAUGAAGAGUGUUUAGCUUUGUUUCAGUUUAAGCAAACCGUUCUUCAUCAAAAGUAUAAUGGUGCUGGUGGGUUUCAGAAGUUCGCUUCUUGGAGCAAUACAUCAGAUUCUGAUUGUUGUUUGUUUGACGGUGUGGUGUGUAGUAAUACCGGCCAUGUGAUCGGACUUGACUGGAGCGGAAGCUCUCUCAGUGGAAUUAUCAACUCCAACAGUACCCUCUUCAAGCUUGUUCACCUUCAGGGACCAAUGAUGAAUAUAUGUACAUAUGGAAGCCUUUUGAAGACGAUUGAUUUGAGCGAAAAUCAUUUAUCUGGUCAGGUGUCAAAAUCGUUGGGUAAUUGUACCAAUUUAGAGUUUCUUUCUCUUGCAGAUAACUCUUUUGAAGAUGUUUUUCCGCUUUGGUUGGGAACUCUUCCCAAGCUGCAGGUGCUCCUUUUGAGAUCCAAUAAAUUUUAUGGUUCAAUUCAAGGUCUCUCGACUAUUAGCCCUCGGUUUCAAAAGUUACGAAUCAUAGACAUUUCCAACAACUAUUUUAGCGGUCAAUUGCCUGACAAAUCAUUUCAAACUUGGAAUGCGAUGAAAUCUGUUUUUUCUGGUAGCUUCUCUGUUUUGGGAUCCCAAGUUAAUGAUCUAGAUAGAUUUGGGUCCAUUGAGUUUCCAUACUCAAUGAAGUUAACAAACAAAGGUGUCAAGCAAGAAUACUUGAAAAUUCUAAACAUAUUCACAGCCAUGGAUUUCUCAUGCAACAACUUUGAAGGGCAGAUCCCGCAAUCACUCCAAGAUCUUCAUGGACUUGAAUCUCUUAAUCUUUCCAACAACGGAUUUACUAGUCACAUCUUGCCAUAUUUGGGAAACCUAAAGAAUCUGGAAUCAUUGGAUCUUUCCCAAAAUGAGCUAUCGGGGCAAAUCCCUCAACAAUUGUUGCAACUUGGCUUCCUUGCUUUUCUUAAUGUGUCCUACAACCACCUUGAUGGGCGCAUACCACAAGGGAAACAGUUCAACACAUUUGAGAACAAUUCCUACUUGGGAAAUCCCGAACUGUGUGGAAAACCGUUAUCCAAGGAAUGUGAAAAUUCAAGGGUACCAACGGUACUUCCACCAACAAGCAGGAAUGAGUAUGAGUCUCUUCUGCCAGGUGACAUAAUUGAUUGGAUGGUGAUAUUAUUGGGAGUCGGAAGUGGUCUGAUUAUUGGAAUCGUUAUCGGGAACCUUCUAUAUGCAAGGUAUGGUGAUUGGUUCCUUGCACGACUAGGGAUGAGAAAGAACAGAUGGGUAAGGCCAUUAAGGAACACAAGGAGAAACUAAUGUACAUCAUGGUUUACAUUCAAAAUGAAUAAUAGCGUGUUAUGCUUCUUAUAAUUAUGUAUUUUAAAUCAUGUAAUAGGAAUAUAAGUGUACUCUAUGUUAUAAAUGUACUCUGUGUUAUAGCAAAUAUUUGCAAUAAUUUUUCCUUA